GACCUGGUUCCAGUGGCAACCCCUGUUCACAGACCUAUCGUGGACCCAGAGCUCAGUCUGAGUCUGAGGUCAAUUCCAUUGUGAGAUUUGUGAACUCUCACAACAUUAAGGCCUUCAUCUCCAUCCACUCCUAUUCUCAGUUGCUCAUGUUUCCCUAUGGCUACACCAGGACUCCGAUCAAGGACUAUACUGAGCUGGAUAACCUAGCACAAAAGGCUGUCACUGAUCUGGCGUCCCUGUAUGGUACUUCCUACAAAUUUGGUAGCAUCAUCAACGCCAUCUACCAAGCCAGUGGUGGGAGCAUUGACUGGGCUUACAACCAGGGAAUCAAGUACUCGUACACCUUUGAGCUGAGGGACACCGGCCGCUAUGGCUUCCUCCUCCCUGCAUCUGAGAUCAUCCCCACCGCUCAGGAGACUUGGCUGGCUCUGAUGACCAUCAUGGAUCACACCCUCAAGAACCCAUACUGAUCUGUGUACAAAUAUAACCACUUAAGCAUCAUCUUCAAGACUAAAAUCACAGUUGUUAUAUUCAGUGGAUUUUUAGCCAUUGUGAAAGUUACAAAGAAAUAAAUGAUCAUGCAUUGAAA